AUGGCCUCCUGGAUAACAGUGCGAGAGGAUUCGGAUAUUUCGCUGCGGAACCUACCGUAUGGCGUGUUUAGCACGGUAGGAUCUGGUCCCAGAAUUGGAGUGGCUAUCGGGGACUAUGUGCUCGAUAUGAAAGUUCUGGCCCAAGAGCACGUCUUUGCCGAUCUCAAAUUUGAUGCCACAACACUCGAACAGUCGACUUUGAACGCAUACGCUGCCCUCGGGAAGGAUGUUCACCGGGAGGUCAGGAAAAGACUUCAGCAGCUCCUGCCACAAGACACGCCGCUUGGAAAUGACCUGCGGGACCACCAAGAUCGUCGGAAUCGGGCCCUCAUCCCAAUAAGCAGCGUCACGAUGCACCUACCGAUGGUCGUUGGCGAUUGUACUGAUUUCUUCAUCGGACUUCAUCAUGCCGUAACUGUUGGUGGGAACCUAAACCGUUUCGGAGUCGAUCAGAGAUGA